GCCGGAUUGCGUGGGCCAAAGACGGGCAAAGCAGCGCCUGACCAGAACUCGUUGUCGUACCAGUGUACUUAUUAACACACUCACUUCGCCGCCACCGCGAAUUCCGACUCCAACGAAAAUGCGUAACGCAGUGUUACGCUCGCAGAUGUCACCAGCCGGUAUUUUAUCAGUGGAGGCACGGACAGGACGAUAACAUCAGAACGGUCAUGGCGGGGACCGACCACCAAGUAAAGUCAGUGGACACAUGCUACAAUGCCCGUGUCGAAAGCUUCAGGGAUGAGGAGUAUCCUAUGCUAAAUGGCUCCAUCUACCUCGACCAUGCCGGGACCACUCCCUACGCCAAGUCCUUGAUGGACAGGUUCGCAAAGGACAUGACUUCGAACCUGUUUGGGAACCCGCACUCGGCAUCGGCCUCAUCCCAGCUUUCGACUACACGAAUAGAGGAUAUUCGUCUACGGGUGCUGCGUUUCUUCAAUGCUGACCCCGCCGAGUUCGACCUCGUUUUCGUGGCGAACGCGACUGCUGGAAUCAAGCUGGUUGCUGAUGCCCUAAGGGCCACUCCAGAUGGGUUCGACUAUGCCUAUCACCAGGCGAGCCAUACGAGCCUUAUUGGUGUUAGAGAAGAGGCUCGAAAUAGCCUUUGUCUCGACAACCGAAAAGUUGAUGAGUGGCUUGGCGGAAGCUGCCCUUUCGGAAACGACAGCGAAAACCGCCCGGUUCUGUUUGCUUACCCGGCACAGUCCAACAUGGAUGGGCGGCGGUACCCUCUGAACUGGGCUGAGAGGAUCCGCCGUGGGACGAGGAAGACAUACACGCUGCUGGAUGCAGCCGCGUUAGUCUGCUCCGCCCCGCUCGACCUGAGCCAGGUCGAUGCAGCUCCCGACUUCACCGUACUCAGCUUCUACAAAAUCUUUGGUUUCCCGGAUUUGGGCGCAUUGAUUGUGAGGCGGGAUGCCGAGGAGGCAUUUGACACGAGGCGAUACUUCGGUGGCGGCACGGUCGACAUGGUGGUCUGCUUGAAAGAGCAGUGGCACGCACCAAAGGCCCAGUUCCUGCACGAACGUCUCGAGGAUGGAACAUUACCCGUUCACAGCAUCAUCGCGCUAGAUGCAGCGUUGGACGUGCACAAGCAGCUGUUCGGCUCGAUGCGGGAUGUCGCAUCCCAUACGUCUGUUCUAUCAACGAUGCUCUACACGAAGCUCGAAUCGUUAAGGCACAGAAAUGGCGAACCGGUCUGUGUGCUGUACUCACCAGACCCAAAGACAGCGAACCGCAGCCUCUCCACUGGCCCCGUUGUUGCCUUCAAUAUUCGCAAUAGCCAAGGAGCUUGGAUAAGCUUGGCCGAGGUUGAGAAACUGGCCGCUCUGAAAGGGUUCCAUAUUCGAACUGGGGGUGUCUGCAAUCCCGGCGGAAUCGCCUCGGCUUUGGGACUUGAACCGUGGGAAAUGAGACGUAACUUCAGUUCGGGUUUUCGCUGCGGUACUGACAUCGAUAUCAUGGCUGGGAAGCCAACUGGCGUCAUCCGGGCAAGUCUCGGUGCCAUGAGUACCAUCUCAGACGUGGACGGUUUCGUUGAGUUUAUUGCCGAGUUCUACCGGGAUACAUCACUGUCCUCGGCUAGAACGGAACUGGUGCCACAACCCCAUGAACCGUCACGGUUUCGCAUCCACAGCAUAUACGUCUACCCCAUAAAGAGCUGUCGUGGAUUCCAGGUUCCGUCGGGUGCCGACUGGGAAGUGAGGCCUGAAGGUCUUGCUUGGGAUAGGGAAUGGUGUCUAGUGCACCAAGGCACCGGCCAGGCACUGAGCCAAAAACGGCAUCCCAAAAUGGCCCUCAUAUGCCCGUCGCUUGAUUUCGAACGGGGGCAGCUGCGGGUCAGCUACGCAGGGGAGUUGCCAGCUCACCAAGACCGAGAAAUCAGCAUACCUCUCUCCAAAAACCCCUCUCUUUUCCGCUCCUCAUCUUCGCGCUUGAGGUCCUCCCGUGUGUGUGGAGAGGAAAUCCAGGCGGAGACGUAUUCAUCCACAGCCAUCAACAACUUCUUCUCUGACGUCCUCGGUGUGCCCUGCUUACUGGCGCGGUUCCCCGCGGGCGGGCACGGCAAAAGCAUGCGGUACUCCAAGGCCCACCUCCAAAAACACCAACUCCCUCUCCUUCCAACAGCCAAGCCCGCCCUUCCAGGUUCAUUUCCGCCGUCACCCCCGGACUCGGACACGGAAAAAACGGUCUCUCGGCGGAUUCUGCUCUCUAAUGAAAGCCCCAUCCUCGCCAUUACUCUCCCUAGCGUCGCCGCGCUCAACCAAGAAAUGCGCGUCUCCAAGCCCGGCUCCAAGGAGGUCUUGCCAGCCGUCUUCCGGGCCAACAUGGUUAUCGCCUCUACAGACACUGACGCUCCCAUGACACCCUACGCCGAAGACUCUUGGUCGGGCAUAAAAGUCGGCCCGCAACAGCACGAGUUUGAGAUGCUAGGUGCAUGCAGGCGGUGUCACAUGGUCUGCAUCAACCAAGAGACGGCGGAAAAGAGCGAAGAGCCGUUCGUGACGCUGUCCAAGACGCGGAGGUUUGACGGGAAGGUGUUCUUCGGGGUGCACAUGUGCUAUAAUGACGCGGAUCAAGGAGCGUCGGGGCUGACGAAGGAGAGGCAGUUCCCGACGGUGAGGGUUGGGGACGCGGUCGUGCCGGAGUGGCGGAAGGGGGAGUAAACGGUCCGGGAAGACAGAUGAGAGGCGGACGGCCGAGUCAGGUCUCGGCAAUGGUCAUCGGGGCUGGGAAAGACGUGGCAACUCGCUCUUAUACGUAGGUAGUUAAGUGGGUUGUUUUACUUUCUCAGGGUGUUAAUUGCCAAUGCCAACCAAGACACCAAAGCGAUCAGCAAAUCAGCUGAAACCCAAACCCACUGGUGUUUGUUCUUCGAAUCAAUAUAACGGCCACGGCAAACUCCGCCACUUCCAGCUAGUGCAGGCUGAUCAUUUACGGCGCUUACAAUUUUCUUAUUUUGUUCAGCCACACUCCAAGCAUUUCAAUCACUUGUUUUUCGUUAUUUGCCAAGCCAAGCGGUCUGUUGG